UUCUCUCUCUUUUUUUUUUUUGUUUAGUAAAAAUCGAAAAUCUGAAGCAAAAGAAACGGCAGACACAGCACAGUGAGCUCGGAAUCGUGGGUGAGCUGAAGAAUCAGGAUAAAGGUUAAUCUCCUUUUCAAGGCCGGGUGCAAGUGCAAAGAUCUUGCUACAUUUGGUUCAGAAUAUUACAGUGGAAUUAUAUACGUGAUCAAGACUAAAAUCGGGAAAAAGUGCAGACUGCAAAACUUGUUCCUACUAAUCUAUGCCUUGUCGCGUUCUACUUUGGUGAUUUAGAUGGAUGUUACUUCCCUGGGUUCAAAUAGCAAUACCCAAACCGACCAACACCCUCUGUUGAUGGAGCAGCCGGAAACCCGUAAUGGACACCAGCAUGUAAUUGACAUUACAAGGAAUGGUGAAGCUCUAACAACAUCAUCUCGUAAUGAUCAACACUCUGAAAUGCAUUUAACACAGAAUCAAGAUCAACCAGCUGGGGAUGCACAAGAUUCCAGUCAUCAAACAACUUCAUCUUCUGCCCCCAGAUUAAACUCUAGAAAUUCAGCUUCAUUGAGAAGAGGUGAUGGAUAUGGUCAUCGUGGAAGGAGUCCAUUGAAUUCUGGACUGUGGAUCUCUGUUGAGCUUGUUGUCACUGUGAGUCAGAUCAUAGCAUCUAUAGUCGUUUUGUCAUUGUCCAGGAAUGAAAAUCCCCAGGCCCCAUUAUUUGCAUGGAUUGUGGGCUAUGGGUCUGGUUGUGUUGCCACACUUCCCAUUCUCUACUGGCGUUUUCGAAACCGUAAUCAAAGCAAUGAACAAGAUACCUCUCAAGCAUCUCAAGGAUCUUCUGGAAGCAAUCCUCCAGAUCGUUCUUAUACUUCCAUCUAUGUUUCUCAUGUCUCAGAUGAGGAGAAUGGUCACGCUACACAAUCAGCCUCAAGAAACACUAUAAUGCCUGGAGCAUUUACUUCUAGGCUUAACGGAUUAGUAGACCAUUUCAAGAUGGCCUUGGAUUGCUUCUUUGCAGUUUGGUUUGUAGUAGGAAAUGUUUGGAUCUUUGGAGGUCACACUUCUCCUUCUGAUGCUCCACAAUUGUACAGGUUAUGUAUUGUGUUUCUUACCUUUAGCUGUAUCGGAUAUGCAAUGCCAUUUAUACUUUGUGCAACUAUUUGUUGCUGCCUGCCUUGUAUAAUUUCUGUUUUGGGCAUUCGAGAGGAUUUUUCUCAAAAUAGAGGAGCAACAGUAGAAUCAAUUAAUGCUCUACCAAUCUUUAAGUUCAAAUUGAAGAACAAUGAAAAUGGUGAUGACCAGGAUGCCAAUUCAGCUAUAGAUGAAGGUGGAAUUUUGGCUGCAGGGACAGAAAAGGAGCGAAUGAUUUCAGGAGAAGAUGCUGUUUGUUGCAUUUGCUUAGCAAAAUAUGCAGAUGAUGACGAGCUUAGAGAGUUACCUUGCUCUCACGUUUUUCACGUCGAAUGUGUUGACAAAUGGUUAAAGAUAAAUGCAACCUGCCCUCUCUGUAAAAAUGAAGUUGGUACGAGUAAUGGAGGGUCCCCUUCAGCCUGAGAGAGACUCCAGUACGUAGCCGAAGUUUAUCUCUGCUGAAGGCACAUAUCCCCCAUGAAGUUGCAGCUUUUCAAGUGUACAUCAUCAAACUUUUGGAUUCUGCUUUGAAGGUGAGAUCCAAAGAUAGAUGCAAAUCAAUAUCUUAAACAUGUGAUGCAAAUCAAGGUUGAGAAUUUGUUUCUACCCGCCCUAGUCACCUCUCUUUUUAUGCUUUUUUCACCGGUUUUACAUACUCACCAAGUAUUGUUUGUAGAAAAUAGGAUGUUUCAAAUCUUUCUUCUGUUUAUCAGUUCUGUAUAUAUAACAAAAUUUAGUUAAAAUGUUGAUUUUUUAAAAUUUAAAACUGUAAAAUGAGCUUAAUAUUUUUGUUAAUUGUUACUAUUUUUUAUAUCGUGAUGAUGAUGUCAACCCAA